CGUGUCAGCUGUUCACAAAGUGUCAAAUUCCACAGCAAAAAAACGAAAUUUUCUUUAUAAAAACAAUAUAAAAAAAUAAGCAAUAAACAACAAAUAACGAGAAUUGAUGUAAAAUAAUUGUAAUUUCAAGCACUCAGCUAUAACCAUCACAUCAACAUAAUGGUCAUUGGGAGGGGAAAAUACCAAAUCAACAAAUUAAGGACAUUUAAGUGAUCUUUAUCUAACAAUAAUGCAAAGAAGGUCAAUUCAUAUGAUUCACAUGUCAAAACGUCUUUGGAAACGUCGUUGUUUUUAUCAAACUCACAAAACAAGACCCCAACAUAAAAGGCAAGCCUAUUGCCGAGCGUUAAGCUUCAUCCAUUCCAGCAGCUGGCGAGAAGGAAGAAAUAUUUGAUUAGGCGCAUCAGAAGAGAAUCACCAAAGCCAAAACAAGCACAAGUGCGAAUUGAAACUUGGUAUACUGUGAUACUUAAAACAAACGACGCCCAUCAUACUUCCUAAGUGUUGAGUGUAUAGAGGACGGCUUCAUCAUUAUACGACAACUGCUGAAGGAACAAAUACUACGACUUUUAGCUAUUACCUCUCUCACAUUGUCUCUGUCAUCGUCAUCAUCCAUAACCGCCAAACUGUUGUCAUUUUUCCAUACAUCUAGGGAGACUGGAAUCCCUGUUGGCAGUAGAUUCUCCUCCUUUGUCAUGCCGUCAUUUGUCGAUGAUGAUGAAUUGGAUACAAUUGCCGAUGUUAUGGGCCUACGUUCACAGGCCAGACUGGAUAAUUUUCGCGAAAUGUGGUAUCACAUCUUCUUGUGGGCCCUCUUCUCAUCCAUUUUCAUACACACAUGCGCCGCCGUAGUGGCGUUUGUAACGCUGCGAAAGCAUAAAUUCGGAAGAUUCUUUUCAAUAUUAAUCUUGGUUAUGGGCUUCCUUUCGCCGGCAUUGAGCGGUAUUAUAAGCAGCGCUGUCAUUGCUUUUGUUCAUCGUGCCUCCAGCCUGCCUAUGUCACCCAUUUACGCCAUGGUCUGGGGUGUGGGACAAACGCUGGUCUCGGCCUGUUUGGGAUUCACACGUAUACUGGCCACAUUGUAAAUAAUAGACACUCAUACAUACUUAGCUCCUACAUACAUACAUACAUAUACUCAUGCAUUUGUUCAUCAUAUACAGACACAUCCAGAUAUUGUUAUGUAUUUGAUUUGAUCCUUAUUUUUGUGUGUUUUCUCAUUGGCAUUGUUCCAAAACGCUAAGAGAAACUAUACACAUUCGAUAAACUACCAUGCCAAGCAGAAUUUCGAAUGUAGUCACAUUUAUUUUCAAGGUUAAUUUAGUUAGAGUUAUUGGUAUGCCCAGAUUUUGUUGGAGACCCUAACUAUGGAUUGUUUUCAAUUAUGGCCAACUUUUAUCAAAGAUACAUUUCUAAUAUGGGCCUAUAUUGUUUCUUGUAAUUCUUUACUCAAAACAUAUCCCCAUAAAAAAACAACAUCGCUCCCUCCUCCCAUUGCCUCAUUUGAUCUUUGUAAAUUUGUAUAAUCUUGAAAAAUGUAGUUUUUUAGAAAACAAAAACCAUGUAUUUUUCCAGAUCUUUUUUUUUUUUGUUUUUCUUUGUCAGUGGUAAAUUUUCCAAUUCUGAAGCAAUAGCCAAACCUAUGUACGAUCACGAAAAUAUUAUAUAGUAUACAUAUACAUACAUACAAUUAUUAAUCAUAAACUUACAACAUUACCAAUAAUUGUGUAGAGCGAACACCAAAAAAAAAAAAACAUAAAAAAAGCCAUUGUAACCGAAAUGAUAAAAUGACAUCAAUAUAAUAUAUGAUGAAAACAAAAUCCACAUGCAUUCAGACAAACUCAUCGGUUUUAUUGAUACAUAUAAAUAUAAUUAGAGAACUAAAUUUAAAAUUUAAUAAUAAUAAUAAAUAAAUUAAAGUGAAA